AUGGGAAUUCUUUGCAUGCAAAGUGGUGCAGUGACAGCAGAUGCUUUUCAAUCUGCUUCUGGUUCAAACACUAAUGUUUUAAUUCCUAAUACUUCUACUGGUAUUCAGUCAUUCAAUUUCAUACUUGAGUGGGAGUUUAAUGUGUCGUUUAAAGGCAGUCAUGCUCAAGAAGAUCCUCUUCCAAUGACUGCUCCACAUUUGCUUAUGCUUCCUACUGCGAAUGUACUUUCACAGACAUCUGCUGAAAUUGUGAAGCCUAUAGUUCAACCAGUUGUACAACCUCAAAUGCCUCCUGAUGUUUCUAGUUUAUAUGUUGAAUCUUUUACAUAUAUUUCUCCAGAUAGAGCUCAUCACACGGUUCCAUUAGGCAAUUGUAUGGCAAAAUCUUAUAGUGCUGGUUCAUUUGUAAGUGUCACGUUUUCUGCAUUUUAUACACUUGCUGUCGUUUUUUCACCAGAAGGGGUUAUUGUAUUUAAUUACACAGGUACUGCUGAUCAUGUCUUUAAUACUGAAAGAACUAAUGUUUCUUCUAAUUGGUAUUUGAUUCAUACGAAUGAUCCAUGUGCAAUAUUCGAUAUUCCUGCUUUACAAACUUAUCCGGAUGGAAGAAUAAACAAAAAUUUCAGUCUUACAUAUGAUUAUAGUAAAUUUGGCAGUACUACUGAUUCUCAAGUUAGAAUGUCUGUUGUUAAUCUCAAACUCUCUAACGUGUAUGUUAAAAACUGUACUGUACAAAAAGGAGAUAAACUUGACACUACUCCACCUUCAAAUCCUCCACCUAUUCCAGAUACUAUUAUUACUGUUACACCGUGA